AUGGAACCUAAUCUGAAAUUAAGCACAGAUGGUGGUGAUCUCUUAGAAAAUCUCACUUCUUAUCGUAGCUUGAUUGGGAAGCUCAUUUACCUCACUAUUACUCGGCCUGACAUAUCUUUUGAUGUGUCUGCAUAUGCCGAGACCAGCUCCAGUCCGCAAAACAUUCAAGUCAAACUAUUCGCUGACUCUGAUUGGGGUGUUUGUCUUGACAUUCGUCGUUCCAUAUCUGGUUUUUGCGUGUUCAUUGGUGAUUCCCUUGUCUCUUGGAAGUCCAAAAAGCAAAAAACUGUUUCCAGAUCCUCUGCUGAAGCUGAAUACCGAGAAACGACCAAUGCAACAUGUGAAGUAACAUGA